GGUGGGGGUGGCACCUCUGUUUCUUUACCCCUCCAAACACCCACCAUCUCCCCUACUUCUCUCGUGAAUUAUUUGGUACCCUUUUAUACCUCUCUUUCCUUGAUUCCCUCUUUAUUUUUUCCUUUUUUUUUUAAAAAAAAAUUCUUAUAUGUGCCGUAAAGGUUGCAUAAAAGUACUAUUUUUUCUUGUGAAAAUUGAAAAUAAACAUUAUUCCCCUCUCUUCCCCUCCCUCUCUCCUUGCCUCUUUCGGCCCCUGUUCCUGUGUCAGAAUCACAAAGCCAGGAUCCAUAGCCAGAAACCAGACCUAAUCACAGCAGAACAAAAGGAGAUCAAAUUAGAUUAGAGAAUGAACGGGGUCGCACACUUCGAACCGGAUUACUCUGAGUUCGUCGAAGUUGAUCCUACCGGCAGAUAUGGCAGAUACAAUGAAAUCCUCGGCAAAGGAGCUUCAAAGAUAGUAUAUAGAGCAUUUGAUGAGUAUCAAGGGAUUGAAGUUGCAUGGAACCAAGUCAAGCUGUAUGAUUUCCUGCAAAGCCCUGAAGACCUUGAGAGGCUCUACUGUGAAAUUCAUCUUCUCAAAACCCUGAAGCACAAAAACAUAAUGAAAUUUUACACUUCUUGGGUUGAUACUGCCAACAGAAAUAUCAACUUCGUCACUGAAAUGUUUACUUCUGGUACUCUCAGACAGUAUAGGCUAAAGCACAGGAGAGUAAACAUCAGAGCAGUGAAGGAUUGGUGUCGACAGAUAUUGAGAGGACUUCUGUAUCUUCAUAGCCACGAUCCACCUGUGAUCCACAGAGAUCUCAAAUGCGAUAACAUUUUUAUUAAUGGAAACCAAGGGGAAGUAAAGAUUGGGGAUCUUGGCUUGGCAGCAAUUCUAAAAAAAUCCCAUGCUGCUCAUUGCGUCGGAACACCUGAGUUUAUGGCCCCUGAAGUAUAUGAAGAGGCAUAUAAUGAAUUAGUUGACAUAUAUUCCUUUGGAAUGUGCAUAUUAGAGAUGGUCACAUUUGAAUAUCCUUAUAGCGAAUGCACUCAUCCAGCUCAGAUCUACAAGAAAGUUAUAUCUGGGAAAAAGCCUGAUGCUUUGUAUAAAGUUAAAGAUCCAGAAGUGCGACAAUUUGUUGAGAAAUGCUUGGCAACAGUGUCUUUAAGGCUCUCAGCAAGGGAGCUUCUCGAUGACCCGUUUCUCCAAAUUGAUGAUGAUUGUUAUAAUUUGACACUAGUAGACAGUGGAGAAUUUGAUGACUUCGGUCCUUUUGUCCGGCAUCCAUUCUUUGAUCUUCACCGAAGUUAUAGUAACUUAAGCAGUGAAUACUCAAAUUAUUAUGGAUAUGAAGCUCCAGGAUACUGGUAUUCUCAUCCAGUUGACACUGAACCAAGUGGAAUCGAACUUUUUGAACACCGUGAUGGUGACCCAUCUGAAGAUGUUGACGUAAGCAUCAAAGGCAAGAGGAAAGAUGACGGUGGCAUCUUUUUGAGACUAAGAAUUGCGGAUAAAGAAGGUCGUAUCCGAAAUAUUUAUUUCCCAUUUGACGUAGAGAUGGACACAGCACUUAGUGUGGCAACUGAAAUGGUUGCAGAACUUGAUAUUACCGAUCAAGAUGUGACCAGAAUAUCAGAUAUGAUAGACGGGGAAAUUGCUUCCUUGGUGCCUGAAUGGAGGCCAGGACCAGGAUUUGAAGAAACUCCUCGCUUCACAGAACAAAAGUUCUGUCAAAAUUGUGUAUCGAAUCAUACAUCAACUGGCUCCUUUAUGGAUUUUCUGCCACAUAAGUCUGGUGCCAAGAACUCGCAACUUCUUCCAUGCUGUAGGCAUGGAUGUGCUUCAAUGCAUGGGCGGUUUGAGGAGAUUAUGUUCCAGUCUGAGUAUGAAGAUCAUGCUAGAGAGGAUGCUUCAAACACAUCAACCCAACCAGACUGCUUGCAGUGUCAGGAGUUGUGGAAACAACAGGAAAGUUGCGAGAUCACUCCUGUAGAUUCUGAACUUAGCCAUUCUGAUGAACAAAAUGAACCAAUAGAUAAACAAGCACCAGCAGAAGAUAAGGGACAGGGUUUUAGGGAAAACAAAAUUGCAUCCAACUCAAGAAAUUGUCUAUCUACUCUAUCAGGAUUCCAUUACUCAUCUACAAUUCGUUCACUGUAUCUUGACCUCGAGGACAAGUGUGGGAAAGAGAUCGAACAGGAACUUAGAUGGCUCAGAGCAACGUAUCAAAUCGAGUUAAGGGAACUUAGGGACCGACAGUUAGGGAUGACGAAGUCCUCACAAACUAGUGACAGAAAUGACAACAAAGAAUAUGGCAUGAUGUCAUUGUCCCUCUCACCGAGAGACGCAUUAAACAGAGGCAACCAUGGGAUUCAUACGAAAUCCUUCACUAAUAAUGGGAGUUGUGGUUCUAGUUGCCAUUCUCUUGUCAAUAGGAGCCGCCCCAACUCGGACACCCAAAGGGCCCGAACUUGUGAGGCGAUGGGUUUCCACGGAGAAGGUAUGGUUUGUACAAAGAGUUUGGAUGAAGGGUCGUUGCUUCCACUCUAUGUACGCAGGACAGUUUCCCUCCCAGUCGAUGCUGUUGAUAUAUAAAACACACUAGACUAGAUUCUUUCAUAUAUUUUAUAUACCCUUACAUAGACUCUUCUCCUCUAAGAUAAAUUAAUUUAGAAACAGCAAACUCUAUGGAGGCCGGAGGGAUCAUGCGAGCAAUAGUGAAUGACAUAGCCGAGGCUCGUAUGCAAGGCUAUGUAAGAUUCCAAGGGACAACGCAAUAUUACAAUGAAUACGGUUGGUUGCCAGCCUUUUGCUAUUA